ACUGGGCUGGUAUGUGUGCGCGUUCCUGGCGAGGUCCAGCGGCCGGCGCGUGGCUGUCCGCCGCCGCGCCGCCGCCGCGGCUCGUCGUUGGAGGGCGCUGAGGUGCGGUACGUCGCCGCUCGGCGAGGGCGCCAGGCCGGCCGGCAGUCGGCGCCGGCGCUACGGACGUGCAGGCCGGGCGCCUCGCGCCGCGAGCGAGCAGUGGCGCGCGAGAGCCAGCGAGCGAGAGUGAGACAGAGCGAGAGAACCAGAGUGAGCUAAGUGAGCAGGGGAGCUGAGCGAGGGCUGCGUGACGCUGACAGUGAGAGAGGGAUACCGGCAGUGCUGAGACGGGCCUGGGGCCGGUGUGAGACAGACCGUCAGGUCACGGUUGGGAGCCGCACUCGGCUCGGGCAGUCAUGCGGACCUUUAUGACCCAGACCAGCGUGAACUUGGAGCAGCGACCCCGCCCUCUCACCAGACGAGUUGGCUCGGAUGGCCAGGUGUAUUGCGCCAGCCAUGCGGCUCAUCAUACCGAAGACGAGUUCAAGAGCGAUCCGCAGGACUUUAUCGAGCUGUUGGCGCGCCUGCAGAACAGCCGGCUGGACGACCAGCGGUGUGUGUUGCCAGCUUACUUCAGCGGACCGCCGUCGAAGGAGGACCCGCCGAAGCCGCCGCCCGACAAGCGGUGUCCGUCCGAGAUGCUGCAGCAGGCGCUGCGCCGAGGCCCGCCCUACCCCAUGGUGCUCACCAGGCCUGACGACGAGUACUGGGUGGACGGAACCGAGCACGACACGCCGCUGGACGCGCGCGGCGAGCCCGUGCUGCCCGCGCACAGCUGGAAGCCAAAGAUCGAGUGCGACGAGACGGCCAAGUGCUACCGGAGACACUUCCUCGGCAAGGAGCACAUGAACUGGUACGGCGAGGACGAGCUGCUCGGUCCGCUGGUGCUCUCCAUCAAGCCGGAGCAGAUCUCGUCCCAGGAGCACCUGCGGCUCAUCCUGCGGCUGCGCAGCGGCACUUGUCACGAACUGGUGCCCUGCUCCUGCCUCGGUGACGCGCCCACGCCAGCCCGAAUGGCCAAGCUGCUGAACGACGAGCUGACGGUGGAGCGUCUGGAGCCCGUCCUGGCGCCGGGCACCUCGUCCCUGCUGCUCGCCUACGACGAGCACGUGCUAGUCAACCACUUCAAGUUCGGCGUCAUCUACCAGCGGCACGGCCAGACGCGCGAGGAGGAGCUCUUCGGCAACCGCAGUCACAGCCAGGCCAUGGACGAGUUCCUCGAGAUGCUCGGCAGGAGGAUCCCGCUCAAGGAUCACAAGGGGUACCGGGGUGGCCUGGACACGCAGCACGGUCAGACCGGCGAGGAGACUGUCUACGACACGUUCAAGGACCGCGAGGUGAUGCUGCACGUCUCCACACUGCUGCCCUAUACUGAGAACGACCCGCAGCAGCUGCAGCGGAAACGGCAUAUCGGUAACGACAUUGUGGCCAUCGUGUUUCAAGAGGCGAACACGCCGUUCGCUCCUGAGAUGAUCGCCUCGCACUUCCUCCACGCCUACAUCGUGGUCCAAGUCAUCGACCCUUGCACGAGUAAUACAAGGUACAAGGUGAGCGUGGUGGCUCGGAACGACGUGCCGUUCUUCGGUCCCACUCUGCCGAGUCCCGCCGUCUUCAGGAAGGGACCCGAGCUCAGGGAGUUCCUGCUCACCAAACUGAUCAACGCCGAGAACGCCUGCUACAAGGCGGAGAAGUUCGCCAAACUGGAGAUGCGGACUCGCACCUCUCUGCUGGCCAAUCUGGUGGACGAGGUACGGCUGCGGAGUCUGCAGUUCUGCGGCCUGCAACCGGCGCCGGCCAGCGGCGCUGACCUGCCCCGCGAGUCCUCGUCCGGCCUGCUCAGCACGGUCCGUAAGGCGCUCACCUCGCGCUCCAAGAGCCAGCCGGACGACCGGCGCCGGCCGCCGCCAAGCCCGGCCGCCGACGGCGGACUGGUGUUCCGCGCGCACAAACCGCUCACCAAGCGCACCUCGUCCGGCGCCUCCAACAAGGACACGCUCAGCUCCGUGUCCAGCCAGCAGUCCAGCUACCGGACCUGCAGCUCUGCCUCGUCCAGCCCGGACGCCACCCCGCACAGGACACAGAGGAUCACUAUGUCGGAGAGCGACGACUCGUCGCUCAACUCUGUGGACCUGGAGCCGGCCGGUUACCAUGGCAACGGCUACCACGACGACUCGGACACGGGCAUGGAGAGCAUGGGAUCGGCGGAGAACAAGCGGCUCUCGUGCUCGUUCUGCGCCGAGGAGCCGAGUGACGCGGCGGCCGCCGCGGCCGCCAGCGACAUGGUCAAACAGAUGGAGAGGCUACGCGCUGAAGUCAGCGCCCUCAAGAAUGACAAGCUCGACCUCCUCAGGCAAAAUGUGACAUGCCAGAGGGACAUCAAGAAGCUGAAGGCGAACGAGAUGAAGCUGCAGCAGGACAUGACGUCAGCCAGUCGAGAAAUCGCCAGGCUUCGUGCGCUCGUGAAAGACUUUGGCACCGAGCUGUCGGCCGUGUAAGCUUGUGAUUGGUCGGCGCCGCUCACCGCUGACUGUUGAUUGGCCGACACCGCUCACAGGUGAUCGCUGAUUGGCUAUCGCUGUGUGACGCUUUGCGGGCCGUUUCGACCCGCGCUCGAUCCAAAGAAAAGUGAAUAAUCGUUGUUUGCGCUUGAAUCAUGCUCUAUAUAGUAAUUGCCGUGUCGCCUCGCAUUCCGCGCAUUUGAGAAGAGUGUACAAAUGGGUUUGUGUUCAUGCUGUUCUCCUCUGCUGGCAUCGCGGCGCACUGCGGCGUGGCGCGGCGCGGCGCGCGCGCCGGCCUGCUUAGUCCCCGGCCGGCGCCCAUUUAGUCAAUUCAUUUGCAUGUAGCACAGGGCAGUGUUGCGUCGGCGGCCGUACCUGCCGCGUUCGGGAGCACCGUUACAUAUUUAUUGUCCAACAGCAAUGUGCACGCUGCGCGGCGCCGCCUGCGUGCGGCUAUUUUCGUACUGGCACCGGCGGCCGCGGGUGGGUACUGGGUGGGUCACCGCCCCGACACCCCCGGGCCGGCCGCAGUACAGGACGCAUUCAGUCCUCGGUGUACGUCAAUGUGAUCUGAGCAUGGGAUAGUCCUUAUCGUAUAUGUGUAUGUUCUCUGUGAACUUGCGAGAAUACACGUGCGAGGUUUUA